AUGACUCAUAAACAAGACUCCAUUUUUAAAUCUCCAAACUCUUCUUCUUAUUCUUCUCCUUCUCCGUCUCUCCCUUUUAAAUCUAAAAAAACCCACGACGAUUCUCCACUUCCUCUUCGUAUAGCCGAUAUCUUAACUUUCAACGGUGACUUUUUGGACGAAUUGUUGAUGAUGGAAGAAGAGUUGGGGUGUAGAGUGUGGGAGAGGAGCACUCACUGUUACCCUCCUAACCGGACUGUUGCUCGGUGGUUCUCUGGUUUGAGGCGGAAGAGAGUGAAAGAGAGUAAAAGGGAUAAAUUGGGUGGUGAUCGGAUUGAGCAGGUUAAGUGCUCUAAGAAUGGAUUAAACAGCCAGGAUUCGUCGAAUUCGGCUUCCCAGUCUGCCCAUUCAGGACACCAUAAUAAGGAGGCUUCUCUCAACCUUGGAGUUGGAUGUUGUCUAUUAUAUCUAAUUGCAGCGAGCAAAAAUGAACUUGAUAAAAUGUUCAAAAUGCGAAAGGAAAUGGAGAAGCUUCUUGAAAAUGUGAGAGAGGAAUUGCAAAAGAAAGACGGGCGCUCCAAGCCAUGUGAGACAAAUGAUGUGUGUGCUUAUUCCACCACAGAUGUUGUAGAUAGUGUGGAUUUUGAUAACCAACUUUCUCCACAAGUCUUCACGCCGUCAUCUGUUUUGCCUGGGUCGUCAACAAUUACGGUUUGUGAUCAGUCUUUGAGAUGUGAGACACCCAAGCAAGGAGAGUGUUCAGAAGGAAGGGACAAACUCGAGGCGGAACUUGAAGUUGAGCUUCAGAGAUUGCAACUUAACUUCGAUACAGUAGAGAACACGGCAAAACAUCCACAGAAGAAAGGGAGACGGGUCACCAAUGAGAAAACUGCUACUUCGAAAAGUCAGAUCGUAAGUGCUGGAGAAGUAGUUGCUUUCGUAUUUGAAAAUCAAGCAGCAGGCUCUGAGGAGCACUGUGGUGUUCCUCCUCAUGAGUUGGAGAGAAGGUUGCACGAAUUACUGGAAUCAAGGCAACAAGAACAGAUAAGAGAGCUAGAAGCUGCAUUAAAAUGCGUUAAGCACAAGCUUCGGGAGAAAGAAAUGGAGGUUUCUUGGUGGAAAGACAGCGCACGUCUUAUUUCUCGGCACCUUCCAGAGUCUUCAGAGCUUAGUUCACAUCACCAUGCAAAACUUCUCAAGUCUGCCAUGUAUUGCACAAGGAGCAAUGCUAACAAAGGAAGGAUGAAUUGCAAUGGAAACUGCAAAUUUCCAUUUUGCUUUCUUGUAAUAAGCAUUAUCAGUACAAGAUAUACUAAUAAUUUGGCAAUGGCUGAAGGAAGUUCUGGGUCUGACUUUACACUUGAUUCAAUAAGAAAGGCUUUGAUAAGACAAGAGGAUACCAUUGUUUUUAGUUUGAUAGAGAGAGCAAAGUUUCCUAUGAAUUCUGCUUUGUAUAAUCAGAUUUUGAAUUUGGUUCCUGGGUUUUCUGGUCCUUUGGUGGAUUUCAUUGCUAAGGAGACAGAGGCAGUUCAAGCUAAGGCUGGGAGGUAUGUGAAUCCAGAAGAAAAUCCCUUCUUCCCGGAUAAUUUACCACCCUCAUUGGUUCCAAAGCACAACUAUUCUCAGGUUUUGCAUCCUGGAGCCGCUUCUGUUAGUGUAAACAAGGCUAUAUGGAAUAUGUACCUGAACCAACUACUUCCAUUGUUUAUUGAUGCUGGUGAUGAUGGUAACUAUGCAUCGACUGCUGCUAGUGAUCUUAGCUGCUUACAGGCCCUCUCUAGGAGAAUCCAUUACGGAAAGUUUGUGGCUGAGAUUAAAUUCAGGGAUGCUCCACAUGACUAUGAACCUCUAAUUCGUGCCAAGGACACAGAUGCUCUGAUGAAGUUGUUGACAGAUGAGAGAGUAGAGGAGAUGGUUAAGAAGAGGGUUGAGAAAAAGGCAAUUAUUUUUGGACAAGAUGUGAGCCUCAGCAACAAUGUUGAGACUGGAAAUUUCAAGGUUGAUCCUUCUGUAGUAGUUCGCCUCUAUGACGAAUGGGUAAUCCCUCUCACCAAGCUCGUUGAAGUUAAGUAUCUCCUCCGCCGAUUGGAUUGA